AGUUACAGUGUGAGUCUGCAGGCUGGUAUCCAGAGCCUGAGCUGUUGUGGCUGGACGGUGAUGGAAACCUCCUCUCUGCUGGACCUACAGAGACAGUCAGAGGUCCUGAUGACCUCUAUACUGUCAGCAGCAGAGUGACUGUGGAGAAGAAACACAGCAACAAGUUCACCUGCAGAGUCCAGCAGAACAACAUCAAGCAGAGCAGAGAGACAGAGAUCCAUGUUCCAGAUGGUUUCUUCGUAAUCCCAUUCAGUACUGCUGUUGCCAUCAUUGUUAGUUUGUCUGUUUGCAUUGUGUUUAUUUUAGCAUCUGGCUUUUUCCUGUGGAGAAGAAACAGAACAAAAACCAAGAGAACCUUGGACAAAACUGAAAAAGAUCAGAAGAAAUGCUCUCUACCUGAAGCAGACAUGCUGAUGUCACAUGAAGUUGUGGAAAUGCAGAAUUUGGAACAAAAAGAUUUGAAACACCAACAUGUAACACUACAAGAACUACAAAAACAACAAAAACUACAAGGAUCCAAAGAAGAAGUUAGAGAAACAAUGGUCCAUGAUGAAAUAGAAACGCGGACGGAGGCUGUCGAAGGAGAGAUAGUCCACGAUGAUGAUCAGACGAGUGAGGCUGUAGAAGAUGAAAAGAGUCAGACUGAGGAGAACAAUCAGUUCAAAGGAGAAGAAGCUGCAGGUUCCCACUCCAUCUGGUAUUUAUUGAAUUCCUUCAAGGGAAAUCAGGCUGAGCAGCAGCAGAAGAAGAAUGAGGCUGAGGAUGAACCGGAGGAUUUAUCAGGUGAGGUCCAGACGGUCAGGGACGAGCAGAAAAGUGAAGAUGAGAAGCAGCAGCUGUUAAAGAAGCUAAAGGAAGCACAAGAGGAAGCAAACAGGCGAUGGAAGGAAGUCAAUGACAUCCGGAAAGAGUUUGAAGAUAAGCUGAAGAACAAGAAUGCAGAGAUCAGCAAACUGAAAGGAGAGUUGAACAAACAGCUUUGGAAGGAGAAGGAGAAGGAUGAGAAAUUUGACAGAGAACUAAAUGAACUGCUGACCAUGAACACAGAGUGGCAGAGAAAGUUCCAGGAGGAAAUAACAAAAAGGAUGAAAGCUGAGAAAGAAUUAGAGACUUUGAAGAAGCCGCUGAAGACCAAGUUGGAGAGAAGUAAAUCUGAAGAUGUGGAUCAUCAGAUAAAGUCCAGACAGCAGAGCAGCAGCAGCUCAGAUCACAGUGAUCUAAGAGACAUUAUUUUGGAGAACAUUGACCAACGCUGCAGAUCUGUCCAUCUUAAAAACACAUCCAGGGAGGAGAAACUACUGGGAGGCUGCAAGUUAGAACUUCAUAUCAACAACAGAGAAUUAUCUAUCUAUACAUUUGAUCAGUCCUUCAAAGUCAAGGCUGAGGGGAAAAUCACUUUAUGGCACCCAGAUUGUGGUAGUGAGUUUGCUCCUACCGGUGACCUGGUUUGGAGAGACCUGAAGCGCUGGAAACCAACAGACCAACUUCAGUUUGUCCUCAUCAGUCAGACUGGAAAAACCAAAGUACUAUAGUUGUCUGAAUGACCUGCAUUUAUCAACGACAAGAAAAAGUAAAGUAACAUCAAGAUACCGUCCAUAUUAUCAAACUGCAUCCUGAACAGUAAAAAGUGGUUUCAUGUGGCAAACAGCAAACUUUAAACAUCAUCAAACAUUGAAUCUCAUCACUGCAGAGAUGCAGCUGCAUCAUUUUUCGAUGUGGACUAAAAAUAAUUUUUUAUGAAUUUGAGAGGAAACCUUUGUUCAACUGUUCAAAAAAGGUUUUGUUCUAAAUGUGAAAUAGUCAGAUUUGUAUUUUGUAUUUUUUGUGUCAUAUUUCAUAUGUGCUACACUCCUCAUCAGUGGUAUUAUUAUGGUUCUUAAAUGUUAUUGUCAAUAAAAGAACCUGCAGAGUCUGAUGGAUGCACUCUGUAUCAGAUUCUCAUCUUUUCAUCUCAGCUUCAUCAGAUGAAAACACAGAACUUCACCUUUCCAACAAUGUCAGUUGUUUAGGUUUGUUGUUGUUUUUCUUUUGUUUAUGUUUGAUGUCAUGUACAGUCAAUGUAGAUUUUUUUUAAUGUGUGUUUUCUGUAAUGAAUGGAAAAAAAACUGGCAGAUACAUGUUUGUUUUCAACCUCAUGGGCCAGAUGUUCUGGUAGAUUUUGAACGUCUUUAUGAAAAGUCAAUGUCCAAGUAUGUUUUGUUUUUGUACUUUUGAAUAUAAAGAGACAUUUGGACAAUU